AUGAUUUACACCUCACCAUUUGGGGACCUCAACGUGCCCACGGGCCUGUCGUUAUCUCAGUUCAUUGCGAGGAAUAAUCCCGAUGAUGUUUCGUCCGACCGAGUCAUUGCUAGCGACUUUGACAACCCGGGCCGCUCCUUGACCUUUGGCGAGCUUCGCAAGCGCGCUGCCCAAGGCGCCGCCAGUCUGCGAUAUGCCUUCGGCAUGGGCGAGGGAGAUGUGGUGUGCAUCUACGGCCAGAACUCAGUCAACUGGCUGCUCCUGUGCCACUGCGUGAUGUGGGGUGGAGGGUGCUUCUGCGCUAUCAACCCAUUGGCGACACCCUAUGAGCUGCAACACUACUUUGAGAUAGCCCAGCCGACAAUUAUCGCCAUGGACGGGGGCAUGGUGCAGCGAGUCGAGCAAGCGCUGAAGACAGUGAAACUCUCGAGAACUCCGCGCAUUGUCGUGAUCGAAGGUUCGGACCAUCAACAACACACAACGCUUCCGAAGUUCCCCAAGGACUUUAUCAGGUUUCAGGCCCGCUCUGUCGCUCCGUUUGACCUGUCCAAGCGAGAUAAUCGCAAAGUGGCCGUUGGAAUGUGUUUCAGCUCGGGGACCUCAGGAAGACCCAAGGCUGUCGUGCUAUCCCACUACAAUCUCAUUGCAUAUCUACUGUCAAUGAGGAUAACAAACCCUUUCAUCCACAGUGCGCACAUGCGAGAGGUGUUCUUCCCACCGUUUGCUCACAUCUACGGGCUGGUCUCCGCGGUGCUUCUGUCAUCCUACUGCGGCAGCUACAUCGUCGCCAUGAAGAACUUUGACUUCCUGGCGUACCUAAAGAGGUGUGCCGACAUCAGGGCAACAGUGCUGAGACUUGUGCCUGCCCUGGCCGUGAGAAUGACCAAAGACCCCGAGGUUCUGAAAUUGGACCUGAAGAGCGUCCAUACUCUGGCCGUCUCCGGAGCGUCGUUGUCUACUGAAACCGUCAAGGAUCUGCAGAAGAUUCUAGACCCCUCUGCAUCGGUGCUUAAUGGCUACGGUAUGACUGAGGGGAGUAUUUCAAUGUUGAGGGAAACGCAAAGUCAUCGCGCUGGUAGUUUGGGGAAGCCCGUCGCUGGCGUUUCCAUCCGUGUUGUUGAUGAUGACUUCAACGAUGUCCCAGAAGGACAAGACGGUGAGUGUCUGUUCAAGGGGCCGACGGUCUUCCUAGAAUACAGGGGAAAUCCGGAAGAGACUUCAAACACGUUCAAGGACGGCUGGCUACGCACAGGAGAUAUCGUGCGCGUAGACGAGGAUGGGUAUUUCUGGAUGACGGGACGGAAGAAAGAGCUUAUCAAGUACAAGGGCAACCAAGUGCCUCCUGCAGAGUUGGAGUCGGUUCUGCUCUCACAUCCUCACGUCGACGAAGCUGGUGUCGUAGGGGUGUACGACGAAAAGCAAGAGACUGAGCUGCCGGUGGGCGCGGUCGUACUGGGCCCAGCUGUCAAGGAGGAGCACAUCCACACCACCCUGGCUGACAUCAUGCGCCAUGUUGACGAACGAGUUGCUCCGUACAAGCGUCUACGUGGCGGGCUAUUCCAUCUUCCAGCGCUCCCAAAGGGAUCCACUGGUAAGUUGGUCAGGCGUGAAAUUCCGGCCAAGCUGGCCGAGCAUGCAAAGAAGCAAACAUCACAGCCAAAGUUGUAG